AAAUUAAAUGGUUAAGAAUUGAGAGACGUAGCACCUAACCUUCUCUCGCUCCUCUUUUAAUACUCUUUUCUCUCUUUGUGAGUAUGUUUCAAGUAUCUUCUUGAAACAGCAAAAUAAAAAGAGAGAUUGAGAGAGGGAGAGAUAAAGGAGAGCUCUAAUAGAUACAAUGAUGAAGAGGAUGAGGUUGAUGAUGAUGCUAAGGAGAUGCAAGAGCGUGUCCACACAAUUUGGACGUUCAUUUUCUUACACAAGUCUCAGAUCCCAAUCGGCCAGGAGAGAUAACCAAGACCAUCUCCAUGACGUCGACCAAGGCCCUACACCGUCCUUGUACCAGACAGUGUUGGUUGGACGUACGGAGAAACCUUACUUGAUCAGUAAGCAACACCUGAAUCACCCUCUGCUCAACGCCCUCGUAGAGAAGCAACAGAGAUACGAAGAAGACGAUAAUGAAGAUGGAAGUUGUAUAAUCACUGUGAAAUGUGAGGUCGUUUUGUUCGACCAUCUUCUGUGGAUGCUCGAAAACGGAGACCAGAGUCACAUAUUGGAGUCUCUAGAUGACUUUGCCCAUCUCUAUCUCUCACCUUGAUUUGGAGGUGACAGGUUAGUGACUUCUGUUGGUGAAAUAACAAGACAUCUUACCAAAGUGUGUUGUUUAUACGUUUUUUGCUGUGCGUCACAUUUCCAAAAUCCAAAUUAUGGCA